UCAACUGUAACUAUAAAUCCAGAUGUACUCCUGUUAACCCUUUUGGGGCCUAGUUCCUAGGCCUUUUGUGUAUCCAUAUGCUGUUGCGCUACCAUCCACAGGAUGGAUAUGAGGUGCACAAUAAACUAGCCACUUCGGUGGCAAAAUCUAAAAAUCCUGUUCCAGUGGCCGUCCCUCUAUACUAGUGGCCGUCCCUCUAUACUAGUGGCCGUCCCUCUAUCCUAGUGGCCGUCCCUCUAUCCUAGUGGCCGUCCUUUUAUCCUAGUGGCCGUCCCUCUAACCCAGUGACCGUCCCUCUAUUCUAGUGACCGUCCCUCUAUCCCAAUGACCGUCCCUCUAUUCUAGUGACAGCCCCUCUAACCCAGUGACCGCCACCUCUAUCCCAGUGACCGUCCCUCCCCCUCUACCUAUCCAGGUGACUUCCUGAGGGGGCAGAGUGAGGGUGAUGGCCGUGAUUGUGAGGGCCCGCUUGUAGCUCAGUUCCCAGUUUGUUACAGGACAGGUGAGGUGCGCAUUCCACGUCCUGGCCGGCGCACAUCACGCACGUAGCACGCGCGCCCUCGCCACCACCACCACGUGCGAUCUCUACGCCAACAGCACCACCACCACCCACCACCACCACCACCACCACCACCAGUACUACUGGCACUACCAACAACCACCAUUACAACCUCUCGCCACAAAUCGUUAUCCCAUCAACGUGAUUUCAUGUUCUAGAGGCAUGUGAUAAAAAGCGGAAUUCAUUAUACAGAAGUUUACGACCAAAUUUUUAUAUAGAACUUUAAAAAAGUAUUCAUUAUACAUAACUAUAAGACAGUAUUCAUUAUACAUAACUAUAAGACAGUAUUCAUUAUACAGAACUCUUAGAGGAAUUAAUUAUGUCCUCUAAUUCUCGGCUUGAGUCAUCGCAAGAGUGAAAUCCUCAAUUAGAAGCCUCUAGUCUUGGAGGCUAUUAGGGCCAGGUGGUGGCCCCGUGCCAUGUGGCCCUCAGGUUUCUUAUACAGGUGCUACUUUCCCUAGAGGCUGUGAGGUGGCCCUUCAAUGAGUAGGGCUAAGCAAGAGGUUGACUACUCUCCUGUACUCGAGUACCACUCCAAAUUACUACUCAAGAGUCUGCACUUUCCUCCUCAAUUCCUCAAUGAACACAAGCUGUAAGACGUGAAGACCCAGUUAUAUCACAGCGAGUUAAGUACUUCGUCGGCGUCUCCGCCCUCGCCGUUUGGACGAGGGUUACUUUUCCUUGUGUGCUCCGUGAAGAUGCAGUCAACACCAACAGGAAGCUUCACCGUCUAUCCUAGGGCUCCCGUCUCUGUGGUGCCUCCCUCACUUCUCACCUACCAGAUGCUGGCGUCACAGCCUCCUCGUGACCCAGCGCCUCAGUAUCCUCUGCUGCACUCCUCCUUCUUCCUCCCCAUACACCACAGUCGCAGUCCAAUCUUCUCCCCUCAAUCCCCGAAGGAGGGAGAAGAUAUCAAGCCACACAUGGCGCUCUACACCCCUUCAAGAUUGGAGGGGGAGAUGUGUAGCUCCACCAAGAGCUCUCCAGCAUCGUCUCCACAACUUGCCUCGCCGCCACCAACACAUACCUCUCUCAGAGUCACUGCCGUCAUUAACACAGCAGAUGGAAACUCACAUACACAUUUUGAAACAGCCGAAGCAGACAGAAGUUCAGUGAGUGACCACAACAAGAAGGAACUCCCACUUGACCUCACCACAAAGAGGAGGUCAGAGGGCUUCGAAAGAAGCAUCACAACGAGAGAAGCGAUAAACGAGGAAGUCAUCGUAAACGACAAGGCUUGUUUACCAGACAGACACGACGAUACAAAGUCUGAGGGGGUAACAAGACCACGUCGUCCACGCCAGGAUCAUCCGUUUCUCAGAAUAAGUGACUUACUAAAAGACUCUCCUUCGAGCAGCCCUGCCCCGAUCCCUCCCCAGCCCCCCAGAGAGACACCUGUUAAGCUGCCGCUAGUGUACCCUCGACCCCUGCACCCCGCCGCUAUACUAGACAUGUACCGUACUCUAGAUCGCUCUGCUUUUAUGACUGGGAACUGCAUGCCCACAGCCCGGUACCCGUUGUUUACAUCCCUCUUCCCACACACCAGCCUCCCUCCAGUGACUAUGGCGCCUGCACCUCGCACAGUCGGACUUGAGUUUUUCAAGACUCACCUACCUGGGGCAGCACGAUCUUACAGCGACCUCCCAAGACCUUACACUGACCUACUGACUCCCCAAGUAAUCCGCACAGCCAAGGAUCGAUACACUUGUAAGUUCUGCGGGAAAGUGUUCCCGCGGUCGGCCAAUUUGACCCGUCACCUGCGGACUCACACAGGUGAGCAGCCCUACAAGUGUAAGUACUGCGAGCGUUCCUUCAGCAUCUCGUCCAACUUGCAGCGUCAUGUGCGUAAUAUACACAACAAGGAGAAGCCCUUCAAGUGUCCGCUGUGUGACCGCUGCUUCGGCCAGCAGACCAACCUCGACCGACACCUCAAGAAACAUGAAGAAGAGGGUCUUAAUCCCCCGGACUCCCCCGAAGCGCCAGAUUCCAGCAGCUCCUCCAUUACCGUUGAGACUAUCAGCGACAUUGAUGUCGGGGACAACAGAGUCGAAAGCGCCAGUGAGGAGCACACGAAGGAGGAAAUAAUCACCUUGACGACGCCUCUUCCUGCCGACGUCAGCGACACUGAAAGAAGAAUUACAGAGACAGACGACGCCAAAGACUCCGCGACAGCGGUAGUAAAUGAACCCACUCAUAAACGCCUUAGAUUAGAAUAGCACAAUAUUUUAGAGCGCCUUUAUAUCCCGUGUUGAUCAGAGCAAGGGUAACCAGUGCUGUCACCUUCGUAUCAUAUGUGUUAUUUAAAUUUCCGAUAAAAGCAGAGAAAAACUGCAUUGCGAUCAUCCUGUAAGAGAAGUGAUAAAGGUUCUCCCAACUCAAACUUGUACAGGACCACAAAGUAAUCUAGUCAACUCUUGUACCUCACCAAAGACUUCCUCGCUUCUCAGAGGCGAUGUUCGCAACUUGAGGCAGGUUAAGUGCCUCUUGAACCUCAUAGGAACCUUACUUGGUGUUUCACACACAUUGUUAAUGACGACAUGAACACGUGAUAUCAAUGUUACCAACACUGCCUUGAUAUACAGACAGGCCCCAUUUCUACAGCCAGUUAAAUUCUGGGCUACUGUAGGGCCCCGCUCAUACAGCAGCUUAGGUUCCAGGCUACUGUAGGGCCCCACUUAUACAACAGGUUAGGUUUGCUUUACAGCUACUGCUGUAAAGCGAAAAUUGGUGUAAAGCAAAUCAGUCUUUUCUUCACUUUCAAAUACAUAUAAAAGCCUGAUAGCAUAUUUACACUAUCAAAGAUUAAAUGAGCAAUAAAGCUAGGCCUAAAAAAUGCAUGUACAGUACACACAUUACUUGCCAUAAAAUAUUUUCUUCCUUAUCUUAUAGUGAAUGAAUAUAUUUUUUGUAGGAAGUCUGAAUAAAUGAAGAAUGAGCAUAAUUGAAAACCGCUGCAUUAGCGAAACGCCGUAAAACGAAGCGCUGUAAAGCGAGACCUGCCUGUAUAUCAAAACAAUAACUGUAUCUAAAAGGAUAUAUCUUUCCCCUACAAGUCUUUCUUGUACAACAAGUUGUACAAAAAAUAUUCAGGUACACUGAGAAACGAAGUUCUUAACAAGCCGGGUACAACAUAACGAACAUUUAUGUAAAACAUUGUAAACACAUCUACCUGAGGAAAUGUUUUAUUUUUAAAUGAAGAUAGUUGUAAAAAACACAAAAAACAUUGAAUUGUACAUAUU